AGGUGCCACGUAAAGAUUUGAUCACGUGGUACAUCAUCAGUCAGGAAUAUAUAAGUCAUGCAGUGUCAGUCUUGAACAUAUUCACGGCGAUGUACGCUUUGAGUUUCCUGUGUGCCUUGGGCCUCUUUGCUGCUCUCCAGGUGCCUGGCACUUUGGCAGAGGACGAGGUGCCUUUCGAGGACCCGACAAUCCUGAUGUCUUCUUCGGACCAGACUGAGAUUGUGAACAAGCAUAAUGCCCUGAGAAGAGGUGUCCAACCUUCUGCGAGCAACAUGCUGCAAAUGAGCUGGAACCAAGAGGCUGCAGCUAACGCUCAGCGAUGGGCCAACACCUGCUCCAUGAAUCACAGCCCAGCCAGCUCCAGAGAGAUCAGCUCAAGUGGCUGUGGAGAGAACCUGUACAUGGCCAGCUACAAGAACUCCUGGAGCAACGCUAUCCAGUCCUGGUACGACGAGAUAAAGGACUGGCGUUACGGAGUGGGAUCCACUAACGGAGGAGUGGUCGGACACUUCACACAGCUUGUUUGGUACAGGUCCAACUACCUUGGCUGCGCUAUGGCCUACUGCCCCAACUCUAAAUACAAGUACUUCUACGUCUGCCAUUACUGCCCACCUGGAAACUACCAGUACGCUCGCCCCUACAAAUCUGGACCCACGUGCGCUGACUGCCCCAAUGCCUGCAACAACAAACUGUGCAAUAACCCAUGUCCCUACAGCGACCAGUACUCCAACUGCCCUGAUCUGAAGAAGCAGUGGGGCUGCAGCAACGGACAAGUGGCCUCUUGGUGUCCCGCCUCCUGCAAGUGCACCACUCAGAUCAUUUAAAUGUCCACACGGGCUCUGGUUUAUCAGUCAAUUUCAAAUAAAUAUACUCAGCAUUAAA